AUGGAGAUUGUCACACAUUUAAUUAACGACACCAUAGAGUUCUACAAAUGGACCCUAACCAUAGCAGACAAGCGAGUGGAGAAAUGGCCUCUGAUGGACAACCCGCUCCCCACGCUGGCUAUCAGCACCUCCUAUCUGCUCUUCCUUUGGCUGGGCCCCAAAUACAUGAAGAACAGAGAGCCCUUCCAGCUCCGCAAGACCCUCAUCGUCUACAAUUUCAGCAUGGUCUUCCUCAACUUCUUCAUCUUUAAAGAGCUCUUUAUGGCGGCUCGGGCAGCACAGUACAGUUACAUAUGUCAACCAGUGGACUACUCAGACGACCCCAAUGAAGUCAGGGUAGCAGGAGCUCUCUGGUGGUAUUUCAUCUCCAAAGGCAUUGAGUACCUGGACACAGUAUUUUUCAUUCUGAGGAAAAAGUUCAACCAGGUUACCUUCCUGCACGUCUACCACCACUGCACCAUGUUCACGCUCUGGUGGAUUGGCAUCAAGUGGGUGGCAGGAGGACAGUCCUUCUUUGGUGCACACAUGAAUGCACUAAUCCACGUCUUGAUGUAUCUGUAUUAUGGCUUGGCCUCCUGUGGACCAAGAAUCCAAAAGUACCUUUGGUGGAAGAAGUACUUGACCAUCAUCCAGAUGGUCCAGUUCCACGUCACCAUCGGCCACACUGCUCUGUCACUCUACGUCAACUGUGACUUCCCCCACUGGAUGCACUACUCCCUCAUCUGCUACGCCAUCACCUUCAUCGUCCUGUUCGGCAACUUCUACUACCAGACCUAUCGCCGCCAGCAGCCCACACGCCGCGAUGCCUCCUCUUCUACGAAGGCAGGCAAACAUGUGUAUAACGGGAACCUGAAUGGGCUAAGCAGAGCUGCAAAUGGAACGCCGCUAGUGACGAGCAAAGAGGAGAAGCCCCAGGAGAACUCAGGGAGGAGAAAGAGGAAAGGACGUGCCAAAAGGGAUUAGAGGUGGAGGUUAGGGAAGGGUGGGCUAUGGCCUCUGGUCUAAAACAUGUAAUGAUUAAUUUGAAAAGGAUUUAGAGGGAUGGAUGUUUAUUUCUUUAAGUCACAAUAACCUGAGUUGUUGUAGAUAAAAAUUAUGAGCUAUUGUAUGAGGAGAGAAUGGAUCUGUUAAAAGGAGGUGUCAAAGGUCAAAAGCGAAAUGGCCGCUAAUAAAUAACCCAAAAUGGAAACAAAGGGUUUGGAUAUAUCAUGGAAUUCCGUCUCUUUACCGUGGUUUAGAUGUGGUAGAAAACAAGGUAUUCAGAUUCCAAACAUGGAGCCUGAACAGGGAGAGGUCUCAUAGAUCCCUCUUGGCGGUUUUGUAACAGCUCCGUCAGGGGAGGCCUGAGCUGCAGUGAAUAACAGACACUGCUGUAAUGAGACGGUAAUACAGAUGGUAACACACGCACAAACAUUUCACUUUUUACUUGAACUUACAAUUUAUCAGUUUGUCACCUUAUAGGUAUAAAAAUGUUAUCAAUGUCUUUUUGUCCACCUUUUAUUUAAGCUUGUCAAUGCAACGUCUUUUAUUUGUUCAGAUGUCUUUUUUGGUUAUUUUUCCUUUCAUAUAAGGGAUCCAAUCAUGAGGACACCAUCCAUUUAUAUGCAGAGAAGAGUAAACUGUACAUAGAAACAAAAAAGAAGAAAACGCUCCUUUUAGAGAGGGAUGAUCUUGUUCCAUCAUUGCUAAUCCCUCAUGGGAUAGAUCAUCUCUUGAGAUUUGCUUGUAUAUGAUUAGAACUUGUUUUAUAUUCCCAUACCUGUUUGUCAUGUGAUAUAAUGUUACCAGUGUCCAGCGAGAUUCUCUGUUUCCCCACUCUGACUGAAAAAAAAAUGUUUUUUUUUUGUUGUCUGACAUGUUUAUCUGUCUUUUUCAUGUUAAACCUGCUGUAUGUCUUGGUACCAGAGACAGAGGAUGUUGGGUUCUGGGUUCCGCAUUUGCAUUAAAACCUUCAUCUCUGCUCUCUUCAAUUAAGAUACCUUUACAUCUUCGAAAUAUAUCUGUUUGCAGACAAAUGCUCAGACCUUGAGCUACAUUGAAUGUAAAUGUAUCUGCAAAAAGACUCAGCUUAAAAGAUGUACAUUUCCCUCCUUUUUUUCUCUGUGUUUUCACUAUUUAAACAUAAAGCUGGUUACAGGUAUGUUACGCCACUGUACAAAAUACUUUUUCAUUGACUUGUCGAAGCAUAGCGUGUAUCAGCUCUCUAUCCGCAAUCUACCAAUGCUUUUAUUAUUAUUAUUAUUUAUUAUCAAAUAUUUAAUCUUAUGUAAAUACUUGUUCCCAUCUUCAUCAGUGUUUUUCUGUGUAUCUGUCUUUUUUUUCCUGAUGUACAGAUUACAUUGUGAUUUUUUGUACUCUGCUCAUUUAAGAGUGGACUUUUCUCUGUCCCAAAGCCCCUUGGUAGUUUUCUUUCUUGCAUUUCUUUUGGUAUUAUAACUUAAAACUGUCUCAAAUUGAAUAAAAACUAAU